AUGAACCAAGCCUUUUGGAAAACUUACAAGUCCAAAGUGCUACAGACGCUGAGUGGAGAGCCUGAAGAGGACUUGGCAGAGGAGAGGGAGAGCCCCGCAUUGGUGGAGUCUGAGACAGCAGAACCCACGGAGGAGACGUUCAACCCCAUGUCACAGCUGGCCCGCAGGGUUCAGGGGGUUGGGGUGAAAGGCUGGCUGACGAUGUCAUCUCUGUUUAACAAGGAAGAUGAGGACAAACUGCUGCCACCAGAGCCCUGCGCUGAUCACCCGCUGGCUGCGCCCCCUUCCUCGCAGGCGGCCACCACUGAGACCGAGCCGCGCGGACCAGGAUUCUGGGACGCUUUCGCCAGCAGGUGGCAGCAGCAGCAGCAGGCGGCGACGUCCAUGCUGCGUGGCGUGGAGACCACCGCGGAGAGGGACCCGGAGCCCCAGGACAAGCCUGCCGAGGAGGCCACCGAGUGCCCCGAGACACGGGAGGCGGAUCCAGCGGCAGGCUUCAAGUGGGGUUUCCUCACCCACAAACUGGCAGAGAUGAGGGUGAAGGCCGCGCCCAAGGGCGACUAG